GAUAACUUCGUCUAUUCGUUUAAGACAUUUUAACGCAGUGUAGUGACAGACAUCUUGCAGCGAUUUUCUAAUACUUGCUGAUUGUCUGAUUUGAUGCAUAAGACUUGGUGAAAUUUUACAAGAUAUAAAGACUAUGGUCAAGCAGUUCGGCUUUCAAUAAAGUUAUACCUUUACAGUGUAUUAGAAAGAAACGUUCGGACAUAAGGAAGUAAAAGUCAAACAGCAUGGAAGAGGAUCAGCAAGAAGGUGAUCGUCAUUUGGUGUAUAUUGCAAUUGGUCUUAUGAGCGUUUGUUCAGUAGUAGGUGUGAUUGGAAAUUCCCUUGUGUUAUAUGUGUUUUCAAGAUUCAAGCAGAAAUUGACAUCGACAAUCUUUAUUUUAACGUUAGCUACAACAGACUUUUUAACCUGCCUUGUUACGAUCCCGUUCACAAUUGCCGUAGAGGUCCUAUAUAUGAAAUUGGAGUAUGAUUUUGUUUGCAAAUUGUACUUUUUUCUGAUGACCACAACUGUCCCCUUUUCUGCUUUUAUUAUGGUCGCGAUUGGUGUUGACCGUUACCUGUGCAUCUGUCAUCCAUUCAAACAUGUCAUGACAAUCAAGCGGGCGAAGUGUAUUGUUGCUGUUCUUUGUGUAUUUGCCAUCACUUUAGGUAUGUUGUGCUCAUAUAACUACACUAUUGCAGACAUAAAUUCUAAUUCGACACAGAGUACAUAUGGUUUUACAGAAGGUAAUUCUACAGGAGCAUUAAACACAACUUCCGGUCAUAACAUUUCAAUAAAUCAGCCAAUUGAACCUGUACUCAUGUGCAUCCCAGUUGCGAAUUUUAAUGAUCAUGGUUCAUUCUUUUACAUCUUUCAAAAAAUAUACUCGUCGUUAUUCGCUAUUUGCUGUAUCACUACCACAGUUUUGUAUGCAUUGAUAUAUCGAUCUGUUCUCUCAAGACGACAAAAGAGAUUGAAAAUAGUUACCAGUCAGUGCUGUGAAUUCUGGAAUUCUCAUUCAAAUGAUGGAGAACAUUCAAGUGAGACAGAACACACUGAAUUUUCUACUCUUAAUAAUGAAACUUCUUUUGUCAAAUCAGAUGAGGAGGAAAACAGCAAAGCUGAUAAAAGAAAUGGGAAUGAUUCUUCAAUGAUUGACAAAGAUGCUACAGCCAAACAAGGAGGAGUCUCAAGGGCAAACCAUGAGAAAAUGAGAAUGGCUAAUAUAAAAAUGGCGUUUAUGUUGUCAAUUGUAACAUUAGUAUUCAUAAUUGCUUUCUUGCCUUCGUGGCUUGUUGCUUUGAGGGUUUUUGAUAUGAAUGUAGUAGUGUUUUAUUUGUUUUUCAUCUAUCAUGACGUAAAUCCGGUCAUUUAUGCCUUCAUGAAUAAUGCCUUCAGAUCAAGGUUGAAGGAACUGUUUACAUGUAAAGCAUGAAAUGUAAACAAAGGAAUAAGAACGACCUUUUAUAAAGGGUUUUAUAAUGUUGUCAUUCAGGCCUUGUUCAAUGGUGGAGGAAAUUAAAUGUAACGUUUGCUAUUUAAGUACAAUCAUAACGUAACUGUCAGGUUAAUGUUUACAUAUGAAUGUGCAAGAAAACACUCGUCAUUAUGGUUAACUUAACUGUGUGUACUAUCAACUACAGACUCUUUUGAUGUCGGCGUCCAUGGCAGAUUUAUAUGUUUGUCCAGUUAAAUUUUGAAUUUUAAAGUCAGUUGUGUGUGUCUGUGAUGUACGUUUACCUAGUUUGGGUUGCUGGGUUCCACUUAUUUUAAUGUUAACCAACUGUGUAUGUUGAGGUGUUCUGAAAUGUCUGUACCAAGUCAGAAUUAUGUCUGUUGUUUUCCCUUGUUCCGUUAGCUAUUAUAGUCUCGGGUUUAAUUUUGUCAAAUUAAAUGAAUCUCCUCUUACGGAAUUUACCUCGUAGUUCGAUAUUGUUUUAUCAGAUUGGUCAUGGCUUAUCAAAUUACUAGUACAUGUAAGAAAGAACAGAUACAUGAUAAUAAGCAAAAAGGGGUUCCUUUUUGACUGGAUAAGCUAGCAUUUGUUAGAUUAUAGGAGGUACAAUUUUGUCCUGUUCAUUCGAAUAUCAAAUCAUUAGCUUUAUGUAUAAUGAGGGCCCUCAUGGGGUUUUUGAUUAUUUGAUUACUUGGCCGUUUUUUUAAUGAUUAUUUGAUUAUUAAGCCAAAUAUUUCAUGAUUAUUUGAUUACCUAGGACUGUAUUUUUAGUUUAUGAUUAUAUGAUUACUAAAGAUAAGCAAAUAUUUAAUGAUUAUGUGAUUAUAUUGGCAAAAAAAAUGGUGAUUAUGUGAUUACUAGGACACCCCCCCCCCCCCCCCCA